AUGGCGAUACCAUCGCCCUGGAAAUCUAUCAGAUUCGCAUCGCAGCUGAUUGAACCAUCUCCCAAACGCCAAAAGAUGAGCAGCGUCACUUCCACAUCUACCCUAUCCGAUGGGAUCCCCAGCACUACGAGAAUGGGGCAAACUGCCUUCGUAGUGGCCUCUGAGGACCUCUCCAGCAUGGUCUUCCAUGCCGACGAGCUCCAGAAACUCGCCAACUCUUGGAACUCAUACCUCCCGUCGACUGUUAACGAAGGCCAUAUGGUGAAGACACUCCAAGCCUGCGAGAACAACGCCAACAGCCUUCGUAAUGCACUCGAAAGCUUGGAAGUCAAAGCUGCCAAAGCUUCUUCGAUUUGUGUUUUCCAAGAUACAACCGUCGAGUCCCGCAACACAUCCGAAGAUCAACAGCUCAAUGCUGCAAAGGAAGCCAAGUCAGUAUCGCCUGAGACGAUUGGGAUCCGAGUACUAACCCAGCCGCAGANNUCAGCAGCGAGCAUGGAAUUCCUCAUCAUGACUGGAAUCAACAGAAUCUUCAGUGACGAACUCUCACGCUUUGCCGACCUCAAAGGAACGUACUACGAUCUCACGUACUUCAGCUGGUUCCAGUAA